AGAAAGUUUUAGAUCUGUAUGGUGUUAUGCAGAUAUCGUUCUUAAUUGAAAAUUUGUAUGAAGAAAAAUUAUAUCUUAUCAGCCUAAAUGCAUCAACUAAUUUUGAUGCAAGAAGUGAACCAGUAUAUAGUGUUAUAAUGAACAACGACCUUCUUCCAAAAGCAGCCUGUGAUUGGACAUCUGAUUUUUAUAUUGCAAAUUUUUCACUGACUGACUGGCUAGAGAAGAAACAUUAUAAAAUUGUAGAUUCUCUUCCAUGGAAUAUUUUAUAUCAACUGUACGAAGAGACAAAUAUAGGACAUUACUUUCUAGAUAAUAAAUGCUCAAGAUCAAACAGUAGCUGGACUAAAGAUUGUGCUAUGAACAUGACUUUAAUGGAGUUACCAGCUGAAGUUUCCUGCUAUAUCACAGAUACCUGCACAGGGAUUCAGUGUUGUGUCUUCAAUACUUUGUUACAACAGACAUUUGAAAUCUCAUUUCUUUUGGACAGCUGUUCUAAAAGAAUAAGUAUUAGUAUAGAGAAAGUACAGUACAAUGACACUUUACUGGAUUUCCAAUGGGGUGCUCAUUAUUCCUUUAGCUUACAAGGAAUAGUACGAGUUGAAUACAGCAUAGAAGACCUGUACACAGAGAGGUAUUACCUUGUAAAUAUGAGAAUUAGGUUUUGUUAUGAGAGUACAGAGUCUCAAUGUGAUGAAAAGUACACCAUUCUACAAAACAUUAAAUUACCAAAACAGCAGUGUGAAUGGAGAAGUGGGUUCAGAACUCCAGGAUUCUCUUUGGAGAGUUGGUAUCAUCAGCAUUUAAUGGCUCCUGGAUCACAGUUACAAGAUUGGAUGAUUUCUGAACUACUAAAUGACUUAGGAAUUUCAUCAUACCUACAUGUUGAACAAUGUUCAAGACAUUCAUCACCAUUUUACCCAAGUUCCCUUGGUUGGAAUAAAGGAUGUACAAACAGUAUCACCCUUUCACAGAUUCCAGAACCAACCACAUGCUCCUUAGAUACAAGUUGUACCAAAGUGGAAUGUUGUGUAGAUGUAGACUUUAUUCCAUACUCCUUCCAUACCUACUUAAAUAUAGAUUCUUGUAAACAAAUCAUCACAGUGGGCACUGAAAGGUUUCACAGAAACAUUUCAUUCAGUGACUAUCAAUGGGGUAAACAGGAAGAUUUCUGGCUUGCUGGUGUUUUGCGUCUGUCUUAUAAGAUAGAUGAUUUCAGUGGAGAGAACAAGUUCUUAGUGAGCCUAAACAUGAGCAUUUGUUUUGAAAACAACAAAUCUUGUCAUGUGUCAACACAGAUACUUGAUAACACUUGGCUUACCAAGGCUUUGUGUGCAUGGGAUAACAGCUAUUAUAUAUCAAACUUUUCCCUAACAAACUGGCUGGAGAAAGAAAAUAUGUCUCUACCACUGCCAGUUUAUGGACAGCUACUACUGUUUGAAGAUACUGGCAUAGCUCCAUAUUUACAGGAUGAUCAAUGUGGGGAAAAUAUUUCAAAGUUCAAACACUCAAUUUUCACAAAUGCAUGUCCUUUGAAUGUAUCAGAUCUGGAUUUGGUUGAGAUCCCUUGUCAUCUGUCAGCAUUAUGUACUGGUAUUGAGUGUUGUGUCCAUUCCAACAAGUUAAACAGAGACUUCCAUACCAUAGUUCUAAUUGAUCCAUGUUCUUAUGUUGUUACUAUUGGCAUUGAAGACUUUGCGUUUAACACUUCUAUAAGUGAAUUUUCUUUUGGUGAACUUCAACAGUUUUCUUUAGCAGGAAUUGCUAACAUAGAAUUGAUUAUCUACUACCUAGAAAGGGAACAUUCAUAUCUGAUAUCAAAGAAUAUAAGUAUAUGUACAGAGAGUCAACAUUCCUGUGAACAGUACUAUGUAAUACUGGAGAAUAUGAUGCUACCAAUAAUGCAGUGCAGUAAUAAUGGUGGAUUUGUCAAAGAAGGUUUUUCCUUAGAAAGAUGGAGAAAUGAAAGUGGGUUUUCCAAGAAUGACAGCUUGACCAGUGUUGAUGUGUCUGAGUUAUUUGAAUAUAUUGGCUUAUCUUACUACCUUCUGUCUACAAGAUGUAAUCGUUCCAGUGAUCCAUAUAUUCCAUCUGUCAAAGGCUGGAAUUCAUUAUGCAAUAAUAAUGAAGACCUAACAAAUCUGACUGGUCCUGUAAGCUGUAACCUGGAUUCAACUUGUAACAAGAUCAGCUGUUGUAUUGAUAUAGAAAAUCUUGAGAGAACAAUGGAAAUAUCACUGUCUAUAGACCACUGUAACAAUAGACUGACUAUACAACUGGAAAGAUUGUCAGAAGAUGUCUCACUGGUAGAUUACAAGUGGGGUACCCAGCUGGAGCAUGGACUUGUAGGGGUAUUGAAAUCUGAAACUAUUAUCUACAACUUAGCAGCAGAAAAUAACUACAUGGUGUACAUGACUGUUUUAGUAUGCUUAGAAUCAAAUGAUACCUGCUCUGUUGAUGAAGUCAUACUAGAUGGUGUGAAAUUUUCUAAGGAAAUCUGUGAUAGAUCAAUGGAAAAUGAAUUUUCCCUGGCUGCUUGGCUUGAUGAGAAGGGCUUACCAAAAUCUUUAGAGAGUUUACCAGUUUGGGCAGAAGUUCAACUAAAACAGGAUCUGAACAUUGACAAGUUUCUCAAACCAGAAUCUUGCAGUCAUAAACUUGAAAGUAGCAAUGAUUGUGGUUCUGCAGUUAUAAAAGUAGUACCAACAGACAGACAUGAUAGAUUUUCCUGCAGGAUAUCAGCGGAUUGUACAAGUGUUGAAUGUUGUGUCAGUCUACCUAUGUUAGGAACAUCAGUGUCAAUUGUCGUUGGAAUCAAUGAAUGCAGAAACAACUUAAGGUUGCAAAUAGACAACUUAAAACAAGACUUGAAGUUGUCAGAAGUUUUAUUUGGGCAAAAGAACACCUUUGGACUAUUUGGGAUAGUGAAACUAGAGUACUUCUUAAAAAAAGACUCGCCUGCAACAUUUAGCUUGCACUUAGAUAUAAAUGUUUGCUUUGAACCAGAUAAUAAGUGUGAAUUAGAGAUUGAGAUCUUUAAUGAAACUACAGUUAAUCGUCAGCAUUGUGACCAAGCUCCUGGCUUCUUGAACUCUUCGUUUUCAUUGAAAUCUUGGUUAUCAGAUAAAAAUAUUGACAUGGAAAAUAUAGAUGAUGCCACUGCAAAUGACUUAAUUACAGAAAUGGGACUUAUUGAUUACAUGGGAUGGUCAAAUAAAUGCAAUAUCUACAACCCACCAUUUAAUGAUUCUAUUGAUGGAUGGAGUAAUGAUUGUUCAAAUAUCACAACACCUUUGGUCCAAUUAAAUCAGAGUGUUGCAUGUCACAUUACUGAGACUUGUGAUACAGUUUCAUGCUGUGCUGAAAUUCCAGUUCUUAAAAGAUAUGUCUAUGCUUCUGUCAAUAUCAGAACGUGUGAUUAUAUACUUGAUGUAUAUCUAGAGGAACAGCACUUUGAAUUCAAUCUGAUGAAUUAUGAAUGGGGUAAAAUAGAGAAUGUACAGAUUCAUGGUGUUUUACAGCUUGUAUUUGCUAUCCAUCACAUUCCAUCUGAAAAGUUAUUCUCAUUGGAUGUGAAAAUCAAGGCAUGUUUUGAAGAGAAUGGUACUGUAUGCUUGUAUGACUUCACAGUUAUGGAGGAUUCCAAUCUUCUGUACUCUCAGUGUGAUCUCAAUAUAGAAAGAGCUCCAUUUAAAGGAAUCUCGUUUGAUAUGUGGCAACAGACUGAAUGUUCAUCACCUGUUUCAAGUAGUUGUAGCUUUAGUUCAACAUCUACAAGUUGUACUGCCACACUUGACUGUCAGGGUAUAACAUGCUGUCUGCCACUUACUUUUAUAAAUGGAGAAAGAAAUAUCAAUGUGACAUUCCACUUCAUUUCCUGCUCCUUAUUAGAAUAUAGUGUUGAAAGAAAACUGUGGCAGAAAACUCCUGAAAAAGGUAAAGUGGUGACAGAGAAUAUAGGCGAUGCUUUCCAGUAUAACUAUACCUUAGCUGCAGGGCUGAAUCCAAAUACAUAUUUAGUUAAUAUUGACCUACAAGUUUGCUAUCUUGCUGGAGAAUUUUGUAAAACAACAUCAUUAUUGAAAGCAGCAAAUGUGAAAUGUUCAUCAACAACAAGAAGGAAAAAGAGACGACGAAGAUCUAUCACAGAACCAACAGUAACAAAUUUUAAAGAAAGUAUCAGAAUGUUGAUAGAACAACAAGUAUCCUCAGAGGGAAUAGAGAAAUAUCUUGAGAAAGUAAAGAAUUAUGAGCUGAAUCAAAUACAACAGAAUCUCAUUGGAGCAGUUCUACCAGGGACGGACACAAAAACAAGUGUGAAGUCUGCAAUGAAAGCUCUUGGAUGGAACAAUCCUGCUACAAUAGCUAUAGCUACUGACAUAGAUACAACUGAAACUGUAACUGGAGGUAAAAUGAUGACUAAUAUGUUGGGGAGUACCACAUUGGACAUACAAGGAAGAACUAAACAGGCAUAUGUAGUUGGCCAUGGUUUGACAAAUGAAGGAGUAAAACUGCUUGGACAGAAGCUUGCUAACAUGACGAUUGGAGAUAUAGAAAAUCUGCUAGAUGUGAAGAAUGUCGAUCCAGUGGAAAUUAUUAAGCUAAUGGAUCAGCUUAGAGAUUUAUUCAGAGCUCUAACAUCAGAAUUUUUGGGGAAGAUACUUGGAGGAGAAUCAGAUGUUUUCAAAUCAGAGGAUCUUGUUAUGUGGGGAGAAAUUCCACUUCCAAGAAGAGUAAAAAAAAAGAAUUUCCCUAAAGACGGCCCCAAAAUAAUUCCAAUUGGUGGAUUUAUUAAUCUUUCCUAUAGAGUUGGUAUUGGCCUAUAUUUUGGUGUAAAAUUUAGAGCAGGGCUUAACAUUUUGGAAAUGAAAGGAAUUGCAGAAGUUGUGCCAUAUGCGGGAAUAACAGCUUAUGCUGAAGUAGGACUUGGAAUUGGUCCUUUGUUUGGCAAACUGAGAGUAGAGGGACAGAUAAUGGAUAUGAAGUUUCCCACCAGAGCAGAAGUGACAUUUUCCAAGUUUCCACUGGAUGUUGGAAUUACUAUGAACCUGGAGCUGACACCAUUGCAAAUAAAGGUGCUGGCUUUAGUGACUAUAGAGAUCAAAUUUUGGAAAUUUUCAAUAACCAAAGUAUUGUACAAAACAACUCUUUGGUCUUAUUCAACUACAACCAUAAGAGCAAAGAUCAUUGACAAGAGGAAGGAUGAAAAAGAUCAAACUGCACCAGCUAUUUCAGAAUAUAUCGACAAACCUGGCAGUGGAAGGAAAAAGAGAUCAUCAGCAAAGUGUCUGGUAAGACAGAUUCCAUAUGAAGAUUACACUGAGCCCAAGUUUGAAGUGUCAAUAAGUGCUGGUGAUGACAGAAGUGGUGUUAAUUUAUAUCUGGAUAUUGGAACUAUUCCUGGGGGAACAGAUGUAUUGAACAAGAAAGAGCUGGCAGGUCCUGCUACAAUAUUGUCAGAGGUUUUAAAAGCAACUGGUGUUCCACUUUACUUUACUGUAACUGCUGAGAAUGACUCGGGUCAAAAGUCCAAAGCUUCAUGUUACCUAUCAACAUAUGACAUAACACUUCCUGGUGGGAGACUUGAUGAAGAUUACAAGACAACCAGUAACCCAUCAGUUAUUAAAGCUUCAAUAACAGUUUAUGAAGAUUCAGAGCUUGUAGAAACGAAAGUGGCAUUAGGUUUUGGGAAGGACAUAUGGGGUGAUCAGGUUGUUCCUUGGCAUGAUGUCAGACUAGACCAAGGCAACAUCAACCAUGUUACAGCAGAGUCUGAUCCUUUGAAUAGACAGGUGUUGGGGAUGUUCACCAGUCAACGUAGAGGAAAGUUAGUUGGACCAAAAGUAGGUGAAGAUUCUUUUCAACACUCACCUGGAGAUUGUGCCAGAGCAUGUGCUGAUUUACCUCCAACCAAAUGUAUGAGUUUUAAUUACAACUCUGGAAAUGGAAUGUGUGAACUUGUUGAAGCGAUAGAAGGACAUCAUUUUAAACGAUCUCAUUCAGGAUACUUUUACCACUAUGAAAGACUUGGUGUUGGAAAAACAAAGCAGUUUAACUUUGAUCAACUUCAAUUAAAACAUUAUAAACUGGUGUAUGUAAAUUUCCGUAUUGUUAAUUACCUUGGAUAUUUGUCUUUUAUUAACACUCAAGGUGUCCUUGUUGAUUUGACUCCACCCACAACAGGAGAAAUAAAAAAUGCCAGCCAAGACUACCUUGAGCAAGUUGACUGUUUGUCACUAAUCCCAGAAAAACACAGACCAGAUUGGGUUAUUCGUUGUAGAGGGAUGCAUCCUUACAUUAAAAAUCACAGAUUGAUAGUUGAUGGCAAAGGAUCUAAGGCAGUUUUUAAUGGUUUAGAGCCAAUGACGGAUCUUCAAUACACAAGAAUUAACACAUACAUAACAGCUAACUGGGAUGGAUUCAAUGAUAGAGAGAGUGGACUGUUAGGUUAUACCAUAUAUGUUGGAAUGGAAGUUUGUGAGGAUUUGAUACAUCCACAUCAUGAUCCACAUAAACAUUUCUUUGAGAAAUCACAGUGGACCCACAAUGCCAUGAUUUAUCCAAUUCCUGCUCCAUAUGAAACGCUGCCAGAUGACAAGUAUUACAUAUCAGUAAGAGCUCUAAAUGAGGUAGAAUAUGGAGGUCCACUAGCCACAACUGUCUGUCAUUCAAUACCACUUCUAGUGGACAACUCACCUCCUUAUGUCUGGGAAAUUUAUGAUAUUAGAUAUGAUGAGUACACAUAUAACCUCACAGCUAAACAUAACUCCAGUGAUCCACAUUCAGGAUUAGCCUUCAAUGAUGUAUGUUUGGGAAGAACAAGGCGAGAUUGUAUUGAGAUGAGAUGGACCAGACUUUCAUUUGAUCCUAACAUUACACUUGUGAGAAUUCUGACUGAUGGUGUUCCAGUGUGGAUGAAAAUCCGUGCAGUUAAUAAUGUUGAUUUGCGUACUAUUGGUGUUUCUGAUUAUGCCAUUAUUGUUGACAAGACACCACCUUUUGCUGGAGUUGUAAUGGAUGGGCCUAUCUAUGGAGAAGAUUUGCUGUAUACCAAAUAUCCUGAUAAAAUAUGUGCCAACUGGUUACAUUUCUAUGACCCUGAAUCUGGUAUCGGGUUAUACUUAAUCAGUGUUAGUUCUGUUAAAGAGAUAAAUGUAACAGACAUUGCUAACUUGACAGAGUACAACAGAAAAACCCAUGAAGCUUGUGUAGAGCUAACUCCUGAAAAUUAUCUAGAACAUGGACAUACAUACUUCAUUACUUUGUGGGCAUUUAAUGGAGCUGUCAAUCAGAAAAAUGUAUCAGCUAUUUCAACUGGAGUUACAGUGGAUCUUACUAAGCCAGUUCCUGGUGAUGUAAUUGAUGGAAACAAAACAGGGUUUGAAGAUAUCCAGUUCUCUGGUAGUGCAGCUAAAGUGGAGGUUCAAUGGAGAGAUUACCAUGAUCCUGAAUCAACCAUCAGACAGUAUGAUGUGCAAGUUCAAGUAGCUCCGAAUUUGACAGAAAACUUUAAAACUAGAAGAGAUUUUGUGACAUUGUCUAAUAUGACAGAGAGUGUGAAAUGGCUGAAUUUCCAUUUCCAACAUAAGGAUAGAGUGAAACUUUAUUUGCGUACUACAAAUGGAGCUAUUAACUCAAUAGUAAAUGAGACAGAUGGCUAUAUUGUAGAUCUGACACCUCCAAAACUGGUAUAUCUAGGAGAUGGUUUAACUCAACAUGAGGAUCUAGAAUUUCAGUCCAAUACCACCAUGUUAUCAUCAAAUUUCAAGUUUAUUGAUGAAGAAUCUGGAUUAGAUCAUUUUAAAAUACAGAUUUACCAACGGCAUCAAAGUAUUAGAUCACAAAUUGUUCCAGCAAAGCGGAAUGAGUGGAUACAGCUUGAUGGUGAGACCAUAAAUGAAUUCACUGACUCCAGUCUAGAUUUACUACAAGGUGCUGUAUACAGUAUCAGAAUAGGAGCUGUUAAUAAAGCAGGAUUUGUGGCAGCUUUUGAAACAAAUGGUGUGAUAGUAGACACAACACCUCCGGCAAUAAAUUGGCUGCAUGUCAACACUUUAUCAGAUGAUGAAGAACAAGCAGUAAAUGGUUAUGUUUGGCAAGCAGAUACAGAUGGUAUUAAGGCAGCAUGGCGAGCAUCAGAUCAUCAGUCAGGUGUUCUCAGAUUCAAAAUAGCUGUUGGAUCCUCACCAGGUGGAACUGAAAUAAGGUCUUGGACAGAUGUAGGACUUAAGACAGAUGAAUAUAUUAAUGGAUUGUCUCUAGAAGUUAGUAACAUAGACACCAAGACCCCAGUGUACUAUGUUAGCUUGAUAGCUGUAAAUGGAGCAGGACUGGAAAGUUCACCUGUGGUGUCAACGCCAAUAGUGGUGGUGGAAGCAGACCAACCAGGCAUAGUUAUUGAUGGUACAGAUGGAACAGACCAUGAUCCUGUAUUUGACAUUGGUGUUGACGUGGAUUACCAGUCUGACAUUUCUACCCUAAGUGUACAGUACACAGGCUUUGAGAGCCACCUCCAUGGUGUCAUGGACUAUGAAUGGGCUGUAGGAACAACUCCAGGUGGACAAGAUGUCACCACAUUUUCAUCUGAUGGAAUUUUACAUGUAGAAGAGAAAACUAUCGCUGGAGAUGGCAUUACCAGCUCUGGAUAUGCACAAGUAAAUGCUCAGCUAGAACCUGGAAAGACAUAUUAUUCUACCAUCAGAGGUAUCACUAAUGCUGGAAAUAUUAUUGAGUCUGUAUCAGAUGGAAUUACUGUAGAUUUAUUGCCUCCAACAGUAGUGUUAGACAGGCUAACAGAUAAAAAUGCAAUUGAUGGUAACAUAGGACCAAGUUCUUCAAUGUAUAAAAGUACAUCUGACUCCCUGUCUGCCACAUGGCACUACAAUGACACAGAUAGUGAAGUGAUUAGGGCCUGGUAUUCUGUUGGAACAUAUCCAUACUCUGAGGACAUAUCACCUAGAGCUGAAGUGAAUAUAUCCUCUACACAAAGUAGUCACCUGGAGGUUGGCAGUAUCACACCUGACAUUACAGGCAAACCUAAUAUAAUCAGUAUCUGGGCAGAAGACAAAGCUGGUAUGAUUGGUAUAACUACUUUUGGUUCAGUUAUCAUUGAUACCAGUCAACCAGGAACUGGAUAUGUAUCUUGUCCAGAAUACAUUGGGAUGGAGAGCCCCAUUAUAUGUUCCUGGUCAGGAUUUCUAGAUGAAGAGAGUCCAAUACAGAAAUUUAUCAUUACUCUUGGAACAGAACAAGGUUCUUCAGAUAUUUUUGAAACAACUGUCAGUGGAUUUUUUUCUUUUUAUAGCAUUAAAGGAGUUAAUAAUCUUCUAAGCCAUGGCAGGUCCUACUAUGCUACAGUCACAGCCAUCAAUUCAGUUGACAUGGAAACAUAUGCCUUCUCUGGACCCAUCUCCAUUGAUACAACACCACCUAAACAUGGGAAAGUGGUGGACCUACAUACAGUCUAUAGAAUCAAUGUCAAUGACAAUAGUGAAACUGUGGCAAUGAAUGCUAAAAUAUGCAGUACAGAUGAAGAAUGUGAUGGAUUAGAUGCUGUAUGUUCAGAGUCACUUACUUCAGUAUCAGCGACAUGGCAGCUCUUUACUGAUGAUGAAUCAGGAAUUGUUGGGUACCAGAUAGCAGUAGGUACAACACCAGGGGGAGGGCAGAUCAAAGCUUUCUUUGGUGUUCCACAAGAUGCAAGAUAUUACACAGUGUCUGGUCUUGAUCUGAUGGGAUAUAGAAAGGUUUAUGUCUCUGUCAGAGGAACAAAUGGAGCUGGUGUAUCCAGUGUAGCCACUUCUAACGGAGUUUACAUCUCUUAUUUAAGUCAGGAUCUUCAACCAUUAUCACAUGUUGGUAUAAGUGAUGUACUGGAAAACUCUGAUGUUGAUGUAGAUUUCCAAGAAAGUUUUGACACACUGAGAGCAGCAUGGGAUCUGUCAGGUGAUCCCUGUCCAUCAGUUAGAAAAGAAUGGCAGAUACAAAGGCUAGAUGGAAAAGUGAUCUCAAAAUGGCUAGAUUUGGAUGUUUCCGAAAAUGCAAUGCUUGAUGGACUUCAACUUAAGGACAGGGAAUUGUAUUAUUCUUUGUUAAGAGUGACAAAUGCUCUGAAUUACACCUAUAUAAUUAGGUCCAAUGGAGUUACAGUUGAAGAAGAUCCUCUACUGCCAGGCAAAGUGUUUGACGGUUACAUUACUGGAUUUGAUUUAAGUGUUCUGCCAUCUAGACGUAAAGUAACAGCUAAUUGGGAAGGUUUUGGUUUACCAGCUUCUGCAUCAUUUCAAGCUGAUGUUGAAGGAAACCCAGGUUAUCAAGUUGAUGAUUCAAAAACAGCAGAACAACCUGGUACCCAGCAAGUAUUGUUUUAUGAAGUUGCUGUUGGAACAGACAGAAGAUUUCACAAAACCAGAGAUAAUAUUGUACCGUUUACCAAUGUUGGUUUGAACAAGUCUGUCACAUUUUAUGAUCUCAAUUUAGAAUCAGGGACAGCAAUAUAUUACUUCACAGUUAGAGCCUACAGUGUGUCUUUCUCUGUUGCCACGGUGACAUCUAAUGGUUUCCAUGUAGGAUAUGAUGGUGGUGUUGAAGGUGGAUCCAUUAUCAUGGGAGACUAUAUCAAUACCGAUACAUAUGUAGAUAUACAGUUUGAAGGGUUUACAUCAAAGUUAGAUAUCAUGAUGUACUAUGUAGCACUGUCCAAUCAUUCAGGAGCAGUAGGAACUGACUGUAAACUUUAUAUUGAUGGACGUAAAAGUGAACAGGUUGACGAUUACACGUUUAACGUAGCACCACUGAUCAACAUAAACAAGAAUACAUUUUACACAUUAACAUCCUUAGAACUACAAAAAGGAGGAACUUAUUAUGUAUGGGUAAUAGCUACAGAUGAAUCAGGGGACUGUGGAAUGAUUUAUCACAAAUUCAUGGUUGAUACAACACCCCCAUUGUAUGGUGCUAUGACUGCUGGACCUUUUUAUAACAUGGAUUUGGCCUACACUUCUGACAAUUCAACCUUAAGAGUUCAGUGGACAAAUUACAGUGAUCCAGAAUCUGAUAUAGAAACCUAUGAAGUUUCAUUAUGGCAGAAUACUUCAUGUUAUUCUAGUGGAGAGGAGAUGCUUCUUGUUGACUGGAUCGAGUUGACAAACAACUACACUGAAUACAGUUUUGUUAAUUUAAAACUCACAAUGAACAUACCAUAUACAGUUAGAUUCAAGGUGACAAAUGCUGCAGGACUUUCGAUCAAACAGCUAUCAUCACCUGUAUUAUAUGACCCAUCAAAACCUGUAUCAGGAGUGUUGGUCGAUGGUGAAGAUUUUUCAACAGGACAAGUCUGGUUUGGUUCAACGAGCAUUAUAAAAGGUUCAUUUUUGCACUAUCCCAAUCAAGUUGGGUCAACCUGUCCAUCAAGACACAUUUCAAUGGUAAAUGAUCCUGACUGGGGAGAACUACAACAGGUUGGUCUUAAAGAUCCAAGUGGCAAGAAAUGGUCACUUCUGUACAAGAUAGAGAACAUUAAUAAGGAUAUUUAUGAUGAUAUUGUGUCAGUAAAACUUGCAAGAGAUCACAAAAACCAGCAGAUGUUUACAGGAGCAUAUUACAGAUCAGCUAGCUUUGAAAAUGGAGGCAUAUAUCAUGUUUCUGUGAAACCAGCAAAAGGACAUGGAAUUGCUGUGACUGAAGUUUUGUUUUGGGAUGGACCAGAUACUAAUAUUGGUACUUAUGAAUAUGAAGAAGACAUUGACUGGGCUUCAUCUGUGUGCCAGUGCUGUUUGUUGGAUCCAGUACCUGAGGAUUGUAACUUUUGUAAUUGCUCCAAAUAUUUGUUUGACAAAUAUGGAAACAAUACUCUACCAACAGUACCUAGUACUACAGUUCACACAACAGUACAGACAACAACACAGCCAUAUGAAGUUGUCAAUCAUCCAGACAAAAGUGAAGUCUCACAACCCAUAGACACUAGCAUACCUCAGGCACAAAAGUCAUGUGGCAUUCAAAUUUUUAAUGGUCCAAAUGCUAAGAUUGUUACAUGGUGUAGAUCUUUCAAUGAUAUUCAGCCUAUUAUGAAGACAGCGAUUGAUUACAACAUCACUGGAGAAUAUCUCAACUUUAAGAUAAUAUUUAAACCAGAAAUGGAUGAUGCAGUAGAUAUGUCUUUAUGUCUUUUGGUAUCUAUUGAUGAGGAGGAAAUAACAGAACUUUGUGGAAUAUCACAUCUAAGUAAAACAACAAAACUAGUGCUGCAUGUCUUCAAUCGUGAUAAUUAUGUACCUGACAUUACAGACCACUUCAACAUUUUUUCUGUGAAAGCAUAUUUUAAAAGUCUGAUACUACCACCACCAACUGGUGCCCUUUGUCGCUACGGUGAUCCAUUCAGAGGUGGAACUAAUCCUAUAAUCAAGUAUGAAAUAGGUAUCGGAACUGACAAAUUUCUUACAGAUAUUGAACCUUUCAGAGAAGUUGUAAUACCUUGUAUACCGUGCUUUGGAGAAUGUUCAAAAUACAACUGUGACCAGGAUUGUGACCAUAAUAAACUUGUAGACUACAGUUUUACGUUGACAGACUUGACCCUAAUACCAAAUGUCAUGGAUUUGAAUGAAACCGGACAUUCAUAUAAUAAAACAAUAAUAUACUAUCUCACAGGAAGGGCUGUGACUGGUUCUGGAGACACAGCUCUGUCAUCAUCAUCAGGGUUUUAUAUCGAUGUCACAGGACCAGUGUUUGAUCCUGAUGUCAUGUUGACCACUCCAAUUUACUUUGAUGAAAAACAAGGACAGUUUCAACCUAUAAGUUAUCAAGCAUCAAACAGCACUAUUAAAGCUUUUUGGAGAUGUACUGAUGACGAGAGUCUAGUAAAGGAGAGCCUUUGGGCCAUUGGUGAAACUCCAGGUGGAGAAGAACUUCAAAGUUUUCAGUCAGUUGGCCUUAUGAUGAUAGGCAUUAAUUCAUCAUUUGAAGGCAUUCUCCAACAUAACCAUACAUAUUACGUGUCUAUUAUCUGUAUCAAUGGUGGUGGGAAACCUACACAAUGGAAUGAUAAUUAUGGUGUUAUAGUACUGUUAGAGCCACCAGAAGUAGACAACUUGAAUAAUACUAUCCUAGGAGAAGUCAGACCAUUUGAAGAAUCAGUGGUUCCUGUCGAUGCCAUGGAGAGUACGGAUCCUACAAGUAUAGGAUUUACUUUUACAGUUAGUGAAGAUAAGUUUGUAAAAAGAUAUGAUCUGUGCAUUGGAACAGAUGAAAAUAAAGAUAAUAUUUUUCCUUGUACCUGGGUUGGUUACAAUGUAUCUGGAUCUGCUUCUAUCAAAGAUGGAUAUUUGUUACUUGAUGGCAUCAAAGUAAGACGUCUGUCAGAACUACAAACUGUUGUUCGGAACGUAUCUGCACAGCUUGCUGAAAACAAAACUAGCAUAUUCCAUAUGGAACCAGGACGGACAUUAUUUCUGACCAUGAGAGUUUGUAAUGAAGCAGUACUCUGUGCCAACAAGUCAUUAGGGAGUAUUUUAAUUACAAACAAUAAAACUGUAUUGAAGACUUCAGAACAUGGAGAAUCCAUUGAACUUGUACAGUCUGUUGAAACAGGCUCCAAAAGGAGAAAAAGAGAAACAAACAUGAUUGUAGUGAAGACUCCAGAAGGAUUGGUAGAGGGACAGACCAUUGUACUUCAGCCCAUAUCUGAUGAAGAUAUAACAACAGAAUAUGGGUCUGACUCCUCUCCUGAUUUUCAACCUUAUAUAGUCAACCCAUCAACUACACAGGAUAUGGUUGAAAGAUUACUAUACAAAAGAAUACAUUCCUUGGUAAUGACAUUUUCUGUGAUACCUGUUGGUCACAUGCCUAUGCCAGGACCAAUGAAUAUUACAUAUCCAGAUACUGUUGGCGAGAAUGAAGACAACAGAACAGUUCUGGCUCAUUGGAAUACUGUUCUACAGCAGUGGGAGUUGACUAGGAAAACCUGUGGUGAAACAUCAGAUUUGAAAGUUGAUAAUGCAGAAGGCACAAAGACAGUUCAGAUUUGCAAGACAUGGACAGAAGAAGCAGUUGGAAUCAACCAAACAGACAAAUCUAUCUCCUAUUUCUCUGAAGAGACACAAUUUGCUGUGUUUAUUGUAUCAAAUAAAGUGUACAAUUCUCCACCGACACUGACUAGUGACAGAUUUAUUUCCAUCAAAGAAGAUGAAGGUACAUUACAAUACCAGUUGGAGGCAACAGAUGAAGAAGAUGAUGUGGUUGCAUUCUAUCUAAGCAAUCAAACAAACAUUCUUGGAAAACCACUGCUUUUUGAAGAUGGCAUACUGUUGUAUACUCCAUGCACAGACUGUUCAGGUGUUGAAACAUUAUCAAUCAUCCUUCAAGAACUACAGACCAAUGAGGACAUACCUCCAGCCAGCAGUGAAGCAACACUUGUCAUUACCAUAAUAGAUUCUAAUGACCCACCAGAAAUAUUCCUAACCCAAUAUGGUCAAUCUAUUUUAUCAUCAGAUCCAACAGAACCAGUCUUGGUAUACUUAGAACAAAGGAAAAUAUUUAACAAGAAUAAAUGGACAUUGGAUUUCACUGCUGUAAUAGGAGCAUUUGAUGUGGAACAACAAGAUCUUUUUAUGGAAGUGUAUCAACCAAAUUAUGGCACAGUGCUUUUCUUGCAUGAAAAAUCAACAAUUCCGAAUAUUAAUGAUUGUGGAGAAAGUUUGAAUGUAGCCACUGAACCAUGUGGUAAUUUCAGUGAUUUAUUACCACAUAAUAAAGAGGAUAUGUCCUGGAUUUAUUCCACAUUGACCUACAAACAGGCCAUGAAUGUAUCUGGGUAUGACUUAGUGAAAUUGUAUGUCUCAGAUUCUAUGAAUGCUUCAUCAUCUGUUGUGACAAUACAGUUUGUCCUGAUGGAGUCGCCUUGUCAAAAUGAUGGAUCUUGUCAUCCAAAGAAUGGUAGUAACUACCCCUGCACCAAUACUCGCAGAGCAGACAGUUUUGACAUGUAUUACCACUGUAUAUGUUUACCGGGAUAUUCUGGUGUAUACUGUGAAGAGAACAUUGAUGAAUGCCUAAGUUCACCAUGUCUAGAACCAUGUGAAUGUAUUGAUGGUGUCAACAUGUAUGAUUGUCUAUGUCCAGCAGAUGAGCCUCAUUCUGAUUUCAAGAUUUGGACCAUCCCAGUGAUAGUUCUGAGUUUGCUGAUUAUUAUAAUAAUCAUCAUUGUGGUAGUUCGUAGAUAUAUGAAGAAAAGAUUGCAAAAGAAAGAAGGACAUGCAGACAUUGUGAGUCAGGACUCUGAAGAAUCUACAGAUGAAACAAUGGUAAUAUUAACUGAUUUUAAAUUAAAUAUUUAUUACUGUAAUAUUCCAAAUAUGCCUCUAAAACAACUUUCAAAAAGGACUACAAAUUUUAUAAAUUACUUUAUUUUGACAUCAGGCCUUGUGGUCAUAAAAAUUUCGAGCACCAUUAUCGUACUCAGACUCAGAAAUCAACCAAUCAAAAUACCGGAUUAAGUGUUUCAAGAUCAAAAUUUGUACUCCCGAGUACUGAGUAAAGUUUUAUGACCAAGAGCCCAGGACAGCAGAAAUAUAUAUGACUCGUGUGGA